AUGACUCACGGGUACCAGUCUCCCCAACCACUGUGUGGCACCAUUGAUCUUUCUCGAACUCAGCCCGAGUCUUUCCGGAAACUGCCGAAGGGCCGCCGGGUCUCGCGCAGUCCUCGCUGGAAGGAGCAGCGCGCUUGCGCGGCGGAGAGUAACUGCCGAGCUUGCGUAUCUCUAGGAUCCAAAACCCGGGCCAUAGGAAAUGCAGCAAAAAGUCAGAUUGUCACAAACGUAAAGAACACGUUACAUGGCUUCAAAAAGAUGCACGGACGAGCAUUUGAUGAUCCAUACAUACAAGGUGAAAGGGCCAGAAUUCCAUAUGAGCUUCAAAAGAUGCCAAAUGGGAGUGUAGGAAUAAAGGCACGCUACCUAGAUGAAGAGAGACCAUUUGCAAUUGAACAGGUUACAGGAAUGCUAUUGGCUAAGCUUAAGGAGACUUCAGAAAGUGCACUAAAAAAACCAGUGGCAGACUGUGUUAUUUCUGUCCCUAGUUUCUUUACUGAUGCUGAGAGACGGUCUGUAAUGGCAUCUGCUCAGGUUGCAGGUUUAAACUGUCUGAGGCUGAUGAAUGAAACUACAGCAGUUGCACUAGCUUAUGGAAUUUAUAAGCAAGAUCUACCAGCUUUGGAGGAGAAGCCAAGAAAUAUAGUCUUUGUAGACCUGGGACAUUCUGCAUAUCAAGUUUCAGUGUGUGCUUUUAACAAAGGAAAACUGAAAGUCUUGGCUACUGCUUUUGACCCUUAUUUGGGAGGCAGAAACUUUGAUGAGGCUUUAGUAGAUUACUUCUGUGGGGAAUUCAGGACAAAAUAUAAGCUGAACGUGAAAGAGAAUGCUCGAGCUCUGCUGCGCUUGUAUCAAGAAUGUGAAAAACUGAAGAAACUUAUGAGUGCAAAUGCUUCUGACCUUCCCCUCAACAUUGAGUGCUUCAUGGAUGACCUUGAUGUCUCCAGUAAGAUGAACAGAGCUCAGUUUGAGCAAUUAUGUGCUCCGCUCCUAGCUAAAGUGGAACCUCCUUUAAGAGCAGUAAUGGAUCACGCUAAACUGCAGCGUGAAGACAUAAGCAGUAUAGAAAUUGUAGGUGGAGCCACUAGAAUCCCAGCAGUGAAGGAACAAAUAUGUAGGUUCUUCUGUAAAGAUAUAAGCACUACAUUGAAUGCGGAUGAAGCUGUUGCAAGAGGUUGUGCAUUACAGUGUGCAAUUCUUUCCCCAGCUUUUAAGGUGCGUGAAUUUUCCCUCACCGAUGUUGUUCCUUAUUCGGUAACUUUAAGAUGGAAGUCCUCUUAUGAGGAAGGAACAGGGGAAUGUGAAGUCUUCAAUAAGAACCAUGCUGCUCCAUUUUCAAAAGUUAUUACUUUCCACAAGAAGGAGCCUUUUGAUCUGGAAGCCUAUUAUACCCACCCAAAUGAAAUACCGUAUCCUGAACCCAGAAUAGGACGUUUCACUAUUCAGAAUGUUGUUCCUCAGUAUGAUGGAGACAAUUCCAAAGUGAAAGUUAAAGUACGUGUCAAUAUCCAUGGAAUCUUCAGUGUGGCUAAUGCAUCAAUAAUAGAGAAACAAAAUGUGGAAGGAGAUCACAGUGAUGUACCUAUGGAUGCAGAAUCAUCGUGUAAGAAUCAAGGCAAAGAUGAACAGCAAUUCUCUUUCAUAAUUGAGGAUGAUACCCUUGACUCUGAGGAUAAGGAUAAAAUGCAAGUUGACCAAGAGGAAGGCAAUCACAAAAACCAGGCAGAACAGCCAACCCAAGCAGAUGAGGAAAGCGAACAACACGGAGGAGCUGAAACAAAGACUGCUUCAGGAGACAAGCCAGAUCAUGUGGCCCAGCCUGUCAAAGCUAAAGCGAAGAUCAAAAGUAUUGAACUACCUAUCCAAGCUAGCCUAUAUAGACAGUUGGGGCAGGACUUUAUUAAUAGCUACAUAGAAAAUGAGGGGAAGAUGAUGAUGCAAGACAAGUUAGAGAAAGAAAGAAAUGAUUCUAAGAAUGCUGUUGAAGAAUAUGUGUAUGACUUCAGAGACAAGCUAUGUGGUGUUUUUGAAAAAUUCGUCACUGAGGAAGAGUCAAGUAAACUGACCUUAAUGUUGGAAGAUACAGAAAACUGGCUUUAUGAAGAUGGUGAGGACCAACCAAAACAAGUAUAUAUGGAUAAACUUCAGGAAUUAAGAAAAUAUGGUCAGCCUAUUCAGGAAAGAUACAUGGAACAUGAAGAAAGACCAAAAGCUUUAAAUGACCUGGGAAAGAAGGUCCAGCUUCUAAUGAAAGCAGUAGAAGCAUUCAAAAAUAAGGAUGAAAAAUAUGAUCAUCUAGAUCCUGCUGAGAUGGAAAAAGUUGAAAAGUUUAUCAGUGAAGCCAUGAAUUGGUUGAAUACCAAAAUGAAUGCCCAGAAUAAACUAAGUCUGACUCAGGAUCCAGUUGUGAAGGUGGCAGAAAUACUAGCAAAAUCCAAGGAACUGGAUAGUUUCUGUAACCCUGUUGUUAACAAGCCUAAGCCAAGGAUGGAGCCCCCAAGUGAAGCUCAGACAAAAGCUAAUGGUGAACAUAAUGGACCAGUGAAUGGACAAAGUGGUGCUGAAACAAAACCAGAUCCCGCAAAGGACAAUUCUCAGCAGACCAAACCAUCUGGAGAAAUGGAAGUGGACUAAGUUUCGCAUUUCUUUCACUUAAUUAAAACAGUGCAAGUAACUACAGGGUCCAUUCUUCUUUUAUGUCUAGCACCACUACGGAUGUUCAGUUAUUCUUAGCCAACUUUCUGUCCUUUUGUUCUUUGCAGUAGUUUUGAACGUGUUUUACAUUGAGUUCCCUCCAAUGUUCAUUUCCAUUGAUGCUGCUUAUGUGGAGCUUUAGCCGAAUGUAGAUUGUAAAAGUCAGUUUAAGCUUUCCCAAUAUAUUUUAUAUCAAACAUACAGAAUUGAUAUAUAAAUGGCAACAAUCUACCUUGUUUAAAGCUUUUAUUGUGGAUAAACCUCAAUUCCUUUAAUCAGAAAAGGACACUGUAUUGCACUACUGAUGCUGAAGUGUAGAUUUAAUUGCAUCUUUAUUUUGGAAAAAUAUUGGAAUUGAAGUGGUGUUAAUAUGACCACUUGAAGCACUGACCUAUUUUCUAGUUAUUGUACUGUUACUUAAAUAUUAAAAUAGAGGUUAGCUAGUAUACUAGUCCAUCUUGUUGAUGAGAACUGUACGGUCUUUAUAUUUUUCAUAUAAAACAUACAAGUUUAGAACAGAAUUUUCUUAAUUUGAGAAUCAUACCAUGAAUUAACAUAAUUAUAAAACAAUACUGGUAAAUUGGCUUUGUCAUUUGUUCAAAAUAACUCUUGACCUGUUCAUACACACUUAAUGCACAUGUGGUUAUGGUAGACUGAUACUAAAGUUACAGUAAUAUGCAAGGACUAUCACUUUCAAGAGAGACAUCUAAUUUUUUUUGCACUUGUUACUUUUUAAAACUAGAUUUCCUGUCAGUUAACAGCUAUACAUGCUCUCUCAAACAGCACAUUUUGUACACCUUACAGGAGAAAUAGUAACACAAAAAAUGGGUUCAUAAACUGUCUUAAUUCUGAGGUGUGGAUUUAAGUCCUUUACUAAAUAUUUCAAAUGAAAGCAAAUGGAUAAUUUACACAAAUUGGCCAACAUUCAUUAUGAUUAGGGAUUUUAACACAUUGAGGCAAUGUGUGCCCAAAUUAUACAUAGGAAAAAAUCCUGCCAAAUCCAAGCAGAUGCAGAAGGGUUGAGAAACCAAGGUUUAUUUCAAAUAUUUAUUUGACUUAAACUGAGUUCAAGGAGUAUACAUUUAACAUAAUAGUAAAAGAACAGCCUUAUCCCAUCAUUAAAAAGGGGAAGAAUAUAUGGCAUCACUAUCAAAAUACUCCUAAUGGGGACGUAGAGCGAAGUGCACUCAUGCAUCUUGCUUUCAUAUGUCUUGGAGAGUUAACCAGCUAGUGGAAAAACUCUAGUCUUACACUUCUACACUAAACCUAGGAAACUGUUUCAUAUGAAACCAGAAUAAUAAAUUUUGAAUCAACCUUUGGUAAACCCUUCCCUUAAAAUUUCUUAAUGUAAAUUUUGACAUGAUUACAAAGUCACUGUUUUAUGUGGUGGUGCACAGUUUUCACGCUCAGGGAAAUGGUGAUAUAUGUAGCACUCUCUAGGGAAAAAAAUGACAAAAUCCCUACUAUGAACAGACAUGAGACCAUAAAAUGUUACCAGCUUGUGACCAAGCCCACCUCCAAAUAUAUUAAACCACUUUGCCACCUACUCUCAUUGUUCAAGAUCACACAUUCCAAAAGUAAGUAGUUUGGUGUAUUUAUUUUGUUUUACUAGAGCUUGUUACUGCUGUGGAUUGACUAAGCAAAAAUGUAAAUGAAUGUUAGGCUUUCAGCUCCUUUUUUAGUGCAAGUGCUUACAUUCUAUCACUAACAGACAUAAGGUGGAGAUUGUACCCCCAAACUGUCAUGACUGCAGUUCUUUCACAGAAACUUCAGUAUUUAUAGGAUUUGAGUUUAUAGGGUCUUGACAACCUAUUGAACAGAAAACAAAAUACUAUCUUCAACCUAAAAGCAAGAUUGAGCAAUUACAUAAAGAUAUAUUGCUAAAUAAUCCACAGCAGCAAUAUAUACCUGUACAUUUUUCUGCAUUAAAAAUCUUAAUGGUGACCAAAAGCAGUCUAGGACCUUAAAUCAUGCUCAAAAAUGUAAAAUAAAACUCCUCAUUUUACUGAAGGGGAAUAGACCUCACCAUUGUGUCUUGAAAACUGCAUAAAAUGAAAACCUUGACCACAAAAUCUUUAUCAGAAGAUGAAACAGACUAUUUAAAUGUUAGCUGUCCUCAUGAAAUAAGGGAUUAAACAUGUUUUUCCACACUU